AACAGGGUUGUAGGGUGCAUUGUGAGUGGGUUGGGACUUUCUGCCUGGGUUAGAUGUUCUGUCACGGGCCUUUGCUCCUCCCCUUACAGCAGCAGCUGAUCUCAGACAGACGCGCCUCGCCGGGAACUAGUCGCAGACUUGCCGAUUAUUCAAGUCAUACGAAGUGCACAGAGUGAGGGAGACGUACACACCGGGCGUCCCGCAGCACAGAAGAGAAAAUAAGUACGGAUUUUCCAACGCCACCUCCAGGAACGGCAGGGAAAGUGUGCAGAAGUUCUAACCAGGUUGUGGAAAUUGAAGAGGUUACAUACAACAGAGGAGAAGGUGGGGAUGAAGCGAGAGACGGAUUUUAACACAAUGAUGCUGUGGUGUGCUUUAAACUGAUGGACCUACUUCAUUGCCUGUCCAUUGAGUGAGAAGGGAAUCUGCUGAGGUGCCAUGGCAACACAGAGUGAAGUUGUGUGUGAUAUCGGAGAUUGGCUUUCUACCAUCCAUUUGGAAAAAUACAGAGAGAAUUUUGUCCAGAAUGGAUUUUAUACAUCCAAAGACACUACACAUUUUAACACUGAAACACUUACUCAGAUUGGCAUCACAGCGACUGGACAUCGGAAACGGAUCCUAAAGCAUGUGGAGAAUAGGAGUUUGUCAUUUGAUGAGCCUCCAAACGCAGCCCUAGGCCAUUGCACUGUUGAGAAAGAUCAGGCAUUGGAGAGUUCCAGCACGGUUGUUGAUUGGAAAGAUAUUGCUGGUGGUAAUGAAGUUGAAGAAACAGGGGAGGCAGUGGUAAAGCCUGUCCCCAGACCACGGACAUUGCUGAACAAGCAUGGACCAAAUGUAAAGUUUCAGACUGAACUUGGAUCAACAUCAAUAUAUAGUCCGAAUCAUGAGAAACAGGAAUUGUUAUUGCCUGACGAACCUUGCAUGGAAAGGCCUGAGUUAAAUGAGAAGGAACAGAUGUCAGGUGAAGCGAGUCCAGUUAGGACUCCAGAUCAGGAAUGGGUUGCAAAGGAAGAGGAAAUGAUCCCCCCUGUUCCACCACGCAUCAAUCGUGGACAACCUCUGGCUAAUUUUGCUGGGCCAGGUCCAUUCAACAGAUCUGAACCUGAUUCAUCUGGAUCAAAGUCUCAAAACUCCAAGUCCAAGUCUGUUGAAAACCUGCAGGACAUGCAAUUUCUCUCUAAAAUUUCCUCGCACUCCCUUCCCCAGAUACCUUUGUUCGACACAGCUUUCAUUGGGAAAAUGGUUUGCAAUGAGCUCUACACUACAGUGGAGACCUUACCCGAGAGGAAUCGAAGCCAAUCGUUCUCGACUUCAGCCAUAAAAUCUCUGGGAAGGAGGCCUGUCCCGCCAACUCCACCUGAUGUGACCCAACCUGAUACAUCAUUACUUUCAAUGAAGGAAAGACAGCAUCUGGUAUCUUACUCUGAGGAAGACGCAAGCUCGCAGCCAAUGCAAAUGCCAGCCAACGACUCCGCAGCCUACGCCACCAUAGGAGACAUUCCCACACUGGGCACCGACUAUCCAGUCAACUUCAAUGAUGAAAUGGAGGAUGACCUAAAAAUAUCACCAUACGCAAGCUUCCACCUAGCUCCAGAACAAGGAAAAAAGACUAAAUGUGAUUGGUUGGAGAAGCUUUCACCACAAGGAAGCUGUGUAUUUCAGAGACGCUACGUGAAAUUUGAUGGGAAGACCCUGAUGUAUUUUAGCAACGAGAAGGACCCUUAUCCUAAAGGAGUAAUCCCCCUGACCGUUAUACAGAUGGCAAGAACAGCUAAAGAAAAUAAAUUUGAAGUAGUUACAAGCCAAAGAACGUUUGUUUUUCGGGCAGAGAGUGAAGUGCAGAGAAAUGAGUGGUGUACGCACUUGCAGAACGCAGUCAAGGACCAUCACUUCUCCUCCAGUCGUCGUCAUGGAUCUCUAGCCCACUGCCAGAAGUAUGGACACUUGGAGUUGAAGGGACAUAAAUCUAAGGUCUAUGCUGCCCUCUACAUUGACGUGCUCUGGCUACACAAGAAUGAACAGACUUUCAAGUCUGGUAUUGGAAUCAUAACAAUUUCGGUGCAGGGAGCCACAAUUCGCGAUGGCAGCCGCAAAAGUUUUGAGUUAAUCACUCCUUUUAAAAGCUUCAGUUUUACAGCUGAAUCCGAACGGGAGAAGAGGGAAUGGAUGGAGGCUCUUCAGGACUCCAUAGCAGAGACAUUCUCAGAUUAUGAGGUGGCUGAGAAGAUUUGGUCAAACAAGUCCAACAAAGCCUGCGCAGACUGCAAUGCAUCAAACCCUGACUGGGCGUCCAUAAAUCUCUGCGUAGUCAUCUGCAAGAGAUGUGCAGGGGAACAUCGAGGCUUAGGGGCGACUGUCUCGAAAGUACAAAGUUUGAAAUUGGACACAAGCGUAUGGACAAAUGAAAUUGUACAGCUUUUCAUCCAGUUAGGUAAUGAGAAAGCAAACAGGUUCUGGGCAGCUCGGCAGACUCCAGGGGAGGAGUUGGACACAGAUGCCACAGUCGAAAGGAGGAAGGAAUUCAUCACGGAAAAAUACAGAGAUGGGAUGUACAGGCGACCUCAUCACAAGUAUGCAACUCAAGAGGAAGUUAUUAAGGCACUUUGCACAGCGGUGAGCAGCCCUAAUCUCCUGCAGACAGUACCCCAGGUCUUCUCCGAAGCAGAUAAAAAGAGUCAUAUUGACCCAGAUACCUGUGACACAAAGGCAAUUCAAAGCCCCACACAUUUAUCCAGACUGGAGCGAUUAUCACCAAGAAGUCCAGAUGGUCCAAGUUCCUUCCCCUUGGAUUUGACUGGUAUUUACAGUGAGAUCACACAACCUGUCAUGCACUGUGGCUACCUGUACAAGACAUCAGCGUUAACAAAGCUGCCUUCCAGCAAGAAAUGCAAAGAUGAAUUUCAGAAGCAGUGGUGCACCAUGGAGAAAUCUCUUCUUUUUUACGAAACAGACAAGAGUGCUGAACCGAUUGGCAAGAUUGAAAUGAAUGAUAUAGUCUGCAUCGGAGUGAAUAGGCCACAGUCAAUGGUAAACUCCAUCCCAACAGACAGGUUUCGGUACACAUUUGAAAUCUUUUUGUCUUCAGAAAAGUUCUUCCAGUUUGGCACUGACAACCCUGAAACUCUACAAACAUGGACAAGCUCCAUAGCAAAGGGAAUCACUUGCGCCAGUCUGCACUGCCUGCUCAGUCGGCAGUUUGAACGGAUCGGAAAACUGCGCUAUAAAUCCAUGCGCAACCCCGAGCAAUGGAGGGAAGGGUGGUUUAUGCUUAAGAAGUGCAAUCUUACGUUCUGCUGCGAUGAGGGAGGACAAGUGGAGGAGACCCUGAACCUGAAGAGACUACAGGAACUGACUUUCACCAUUCUGAAUGAAAACAGCGAGAAGAAGGAAGUGUUACGGCUGGUUGACAAAGAACGAACAUUGUAUCUACAUGGCGUGACACGCCUGGACUACUCGGUGUGGUGCAGUGAUAUUCAGAGUGCGGCAGGGAGUCGGGGGAAUGCACUGUGUGACCAGCAGCUCAGCAGAAAUGAUAUCCCCAUUAUCGUGGACAGUUGCAUCGCCUUCAUUACACAAUAUGGGCUGUGUCACGAGGGGAUCUACAGGAAGAACGGAGCCAAGUCACGCAUCAAACUCCUGAUGGAAGAGUUCCGAAGGGACGCCAGGAACGUGAAGCUACGGACAGGCGAGCACUUCAUUGAGGAUGUCACCGAUGUCCUCAAGAGGUUUUUCAGAGAGGUGGACGAUCCAAUCUUUCUGACGGAGCUCCAUCCACAAUGGAAAGAAGCAGCAGAUAUUCCUCAUAAAUCCCAGAGACUGAAGCAAUACAAAGAAAUCAUUCAUACGCUGCCACGAGUCAACAGAAUAACUCUUGCUGCCCUGAUUGGGCACCUGUACAGGGUUCAGAAAUGCGCAGACCUCAACCAGAUGUGCACCAAGAACUUGUCGCUACUUUUUGCUCCCAGCUUGUUUCAGACCGAUGGGAAAGGAGAGCAGGAAGUGAGGAUUAUCGAAGACCUCGUUGACAACUACGUGACCUUGUUUGAUAUUGAUGAUGAACACGUGACACAGAUAGAUUUGGAAAACAGUUUGAUCACGACAUGGAAAGAUGUGCAGCUUUCCCAGGCUGGGGAUUUGAUCAUGGAGGUGUACGUUGAGACAAAAGCAACUGACAGUUGUAUGACCCUCAAGGUAUCACCUACAAUGACAUCAGAGGAACUGACGAAUCAGGUGCUAGACAUGAAGAACAUGUUACCAGGAGAAAGAGAGGUUUGGGUCACCUUCGAGUGCAUUGAAAACGGUGAACUGGAGAGACCUCUCCACUCGAAGGAAAAGGUUCUGGAACAAGCUCUCCAAUGGUGUAAGUUGGCAGAACCCAGCUCAGCUUAUCUGGUAGUGAAGAGACUCCCGGAAGAAGGAGGAAACCUUUACUCAGCAACUAAAAAUGAAACUCCAAAGUAUGGGGUCUUGAAAUGUCGAGAGGAACCACCAAAACUCCUGGCUGGGAACAAGUUCCAGGAGCGAUAUUUCGUUCUGCGAGAUCGCAAGCUGCUUCUGUUUAAGGAUAAAAAGAGCUCCAAGCCAGAGCGGGAGUGGUCUGUCUUCUCGCUGAAGGUUUACUUGGGCAUUAAGAAGAAGCUGAAAGCACCAACAGCGCAGUGGGGGUUCACAAUUUUUAUGGAUAAGCAGCAAUGGUUCCUGUGCUGUUCAGGACAAUCUGAGAUGUGGGAUUGGACAGCUAGCAUCCUUAGAUCACAGCAUGAUGACCUCCGACCUACAAUAUUAAGACGCCAUUCAUCGUCCGAUUUAUUCAAGCAGAAAUUUGGAACCAUGCCACUUAUUCCGCUCCAUGGGGAUGAAAGCAAUGCCAUUAUGCUAUCUGCAAAUCAAACUCUGCGACGUCUACAUGCUCGGAGAACGCUCUCAAUGUUCUUUCCGAUGAAGAUGCAGCAGGACAUGUUUGAAAACCAACAGAAGGAAGAAGAUUCCAGCAAUGACCCUGUUUAUGAAGAAGUGCAGGAUGUCAAUGUGAUGUUGUCGAUCAACCCAGACAUCUCACCGGUGGACCCCACGCCAAUCCUGAUGACGCAGAUGAAGAGAAACCCAGCCUCAAACUCACCAAUACAGGACAAGUUCCUGCAAGAACUCAGUUCAGCCCUUCACAGAAAGAAUGAACCCCAAUACGAUAUCACCAAGCUGUAAUACCCAGUGGAUAGUCCACGGGUUCACUGACUGAAUACAGUGUGUAUUGUCUUGGGGCCACUCAUUGUUAUGUUGAUGCACCAUGUUAGCUCAAUUAUGGAGAGUUUCGGAUGUAUUAAUUUUGCCAGUCUGAAUGUGAGACCACAGGUAGAAAUUCAUUCACAGUCACUUGCUCUUUUCAAGAAUGUAGAGUCACAAAGUCAACGAGCCGGCCUUUUUGGAGAAUGUAGUAUAUAACACCUGGUCAUUGUAAUGUUGUGCACCUCAUGUAAAUAACCAGGGAUGCAUUUCCACAGCAAUGUUUUUGGUUGAUGUAAGAUUUUCCUUUAACAGUCUUAAUUGAACACUCCUUUAUCAAUGACCACUAUGAUCACCGUCACGUAUGUGGAAGAUGUGUUCAAUGUACUUUAAGUAACCUAUUUAAAAUGGCAGUUUAAGUCACACAUGGUUCUCAUAGAAAAUCUUCAAUUUUGUUGGGAGAUUGCCUGAACAUACCCCUGACACUUCUCAACGUGUUUCUUAACUGCUUGUUCUGUAAUCUUCAGUAAGAGGAUGUCAUUGAGGAUUUUAUUUAUGUGAGUUUUCCUAAGGCUCAGUUGAGCUGCACUCUCUGGUUAAUCUCUCUGAGAACUUUGGUAUUUUCCAGCCAAGUUCUGAGCAGAAUUCAUGUACAAGACUGGCUGAUAAACUGUCCUCAAGAUGAAGAAAAGCACCGUACUGAUGUAUUUAUUUCAGUUUUCAGAUCCUUAACUACCUUUGUGUCUCCUAUCCACUCACUUAUGUGAGAUUGAAAUGAAGUUCACAACUAACUUUCUUGUACUCAUUCCUUCUCCAUUAGUCUUCUACAGAGUACGAGACACAAUAAUAUUUUCUGUUGAGACGGGUUCAGAAUUUCACUGCAUCCCAAAUUGCAAAGAAAUUUGGAUAAAAAAGCAAAGAAUAGUGAUUAAAUGAAACUAAGUAUCGGUUCAAUAUCUUGAAACAGGAAAGUAAAUCCUAUGGUUUGAAAUUAUUAGGCAAUAAUGAGUAAGAUAGGGGCUUGGUUUAAACAAAGGCUAUAUUUAAGCCCAUGCGCAUGCUGCACAUUUGCACUAGGUGAAAGAUAGUGCUGAACUUACCUGUGGGCAUCCAGCAGAUAAUUGGACGGUUACACUUUCUCAACGUUCAGUCUAGUUCAACCAAUGCACCAGAUCUUACACCUCUGCCACAAAUGACAGUCAUGUGGUCCUAUUCAGCUGUAGUUUUGUAUGUUUGAGCGAAGGAGGCAAAGGUUGAGCACAUUAACAAUGAUCCUGAUAUCUGAAGAGGGGUACAAGGUCUCUGUAAUCCUGUGACAAAAUAUCAUGUCAAUUACAAUGACAGGCAGCAGCAGAUUAAAGUGGUAACCACACCGGCUCAUGAAGAAAAACAUGCUGCAGGAACCGAGUGCUGAGAUUCAGAGAGAUGGCGCAUCUCUGACAUUCAGUCUGAGGCUAUUUCUUUCCUCCUUUUCCAUUGCAGAUGAAGUAUGAUUUUCUCCUCAGCUUGCUGAAGCUUUGAAUGGAGCUUUGAGGGUUGCAACACCAACUCUUUUCCUAAACCUCUCCGCAUGUCUCCAUGAACUUUUAAUCUUAAUAAUAUAUUUUACAGUUUGAGACUAUAAAGUUUGACAUUUCAAUUUUUCAGGGUUUCAGUCUAAAUUUGAAUACCAAGAAAAAUCCAAUGUUCUUGUUUCAUUCUGCUCAAGCUUGAGGAAGAGAGGAGAAGUUUGCCACAGGGAGGAUGUUGCAAUUUUAAAAAUGUCUCAGUGCUUCCAAUACCCUUCAAUGAGAUGCCAGCGCAAAGAGCUAUGGCAAUUUGUUCCCCAAAUUUAUAAGUGCUGUCUUCAUUUCUUCCUUUUCCUAUCUGUAGUGAAAGUGCUGAUACAUUCUUUUAUUUUAUGACCCUAGCUAGAUAAUAAGUGUCUAAUCUGAUCCCUUUAUUAUCCAUUGGAUUCUGAACAGCUCUACUGUGGCAAAGUACACUUUUAGCUUGUUGUUGGCUUGUAAAAUGUGGUGGCCAACUGGUAGAGGUCAGUGUUGUUAAUCACCCGCAAGAGAAGAUAUGUCCAUUGAUGAAGUUCACUUGUUCCUGCUUAAGUGUAUUUGCAUUACAUUCCCAUGUGUGCAACAGGUUAGCAUCUGUGUAAGAAAUAGCCAACACCAAAGUGUUUUAUGAGCUUUAUAGGUCACAAUAUUCUGUCCUUGUAAAUAACGGAUAAUCUUCAAAUGUGUGAAACCAAAUGAAUAAAAAUGUUGUGUACAUUAUAUAUAUUAUUUUUUACCACUUGUAAAGGGUAUGCACAAUUUUACUGUAAACACGUAUCAAAAACAUGACAUUUCACUUUUUAACUUUAAAUGUAAUGAAUUUGGAUUGCAGUAAAAUAUGUUGAAUUUUCAACCUUAAUGUAAACUUCACGAUUGUGUAAAUACUGUACAUUUACAUUUUUGUAUUAUAGUAUGGUUACUUCAACUUGCCCAGUGAUUUUGGGUGAUUCAUUCUCAUGCAUUUAUUCAAGGAUCAGAAUUUGUGUAAAAUGAAAUGUUAAUGCUGGCAUGAAAUUCUAUUAAUCAAUACAUCUAUUCAGUAAAAAGUGUCUUGUAUGA